AUGUCUCACGAAGAGGAUCUCAUCGACUACUCCGACGAGGAGCUUCAGACCACUGACGCGGCGGCCACCACCGCUGCCCCCGCCUCUAACGGAGAGGCUAAGAAGGGCGACUUGACAGUUUCUGGCGGCCGUCCGGACAAGAAGGGUAGUUACGUCGGUAUUCAUUCGACCGGUUUCCGCGACUUUUUGCUCAAAGAGGAACUCCUACGUGCCAUCACCGAUUGCGGUUUCGAACAUCCAUCGGAGGUCCAGCAAGUCUGCAUUCCUACCGCUAUCCUGAACGUCGAUGUUCUCUGCCAGGCCAAGUCUGGUCUCGGAAAGACCGCGGUCUUCGUUUUGACCACCCUGCACCAGCUGGAACCGGUUCCUGGCGAGUGCUCUAUCCUUGUUAUGUGCCACACCCGCGAGUUGGCAUACCAGAUCAAGAACGAGUACGCUCGUUUCAGCAAGUACCUUCCCGAUGUCAAGACUGCCGUCUUCUACGGAGGUACCCCCAUCCAGAAGGACGUUGAGUUGCUCUCCAACAAGGAGUCCUACCCCAACAUUGUUGUCGGUACUCCCGGUCGUCUGAACGCCUUGGUCCGCGACAAGAAGCUUUCUCUGCGCAACGUCAAGGCUUUCGUUCUCGAUGAGUGUGAUAAGAUGCUGGACCAGAUUGACAUGCGUCGUGAUGUCCAGGAGAUUUUCCGUGCCACCCCUGCCGACAAGCAGGUCAUGAUGUUCAGUGCCACUCUUUCUCAGGAUAUCCGCCCCGUGUGCAAGAAGUUCAUGAGGAACCCUCUCGAAGUCUACGUCGAUGACGACACGAAGCUUACGCUGCACGGUCUGCAGCAAUACUACAUCAAGCUCAGCGAAGCGGAGAAGAACCGCAAGCUGAACGAGCUCCUGGACAGCCUGGAGUUCAACCAGGUUAUCAUCUUCGUUAAGAGCACCCUGCGUGCGAAUGAGCUCGACAAGCUGUUGCGCGAAUGCAACUUCCCUAGUAUCGCGGUGCACUCUGGUGUCAGCCAGGAGGAGCGUAUCAAACGCUACAAGGAGUUCAAGGAAUUCAACAAGCGUAUCUGUGUCGCCACUGACGUGUUCGGACGUGGUAUCGAUAUUGAGCGUAUCAACCUUGCCAUCAACUACGACUUGCCGGCUGAUGCCGACUCCUACCUGCACCGUGUCGGUCGUGCGGGUCGUUUCGGUACCAAGGGUCUGUCGAUCUCCUUCGUCAGCACCGAGGAUGACGAGAAGGUGCUCAAGGAUAUUGAGAAGCGCUUCGAGGUUGCCCUUCCUGAAUACCCCGAGGGCGGUGUUGACUCGAGCACUUACAUGGCCUAG